AUGGAUGAAUUUGAAGGGUGGACUUCGUGGCUCGAACCUGCGUUUUUGCUGUGGGAACCUAAUGACGAUGAUUACGAGAGACCUCCAUACAUGACUCGAGCCGAGGGUGAUAAUACGUACACACCAGAUGAAGAGUUUGCCAACAUGGCCCAACAAGUCAAUAAGAGCGAUGGGUUUGAUAUCGAUUUCUCCAACUUCCUCUGUGUUUUCAACUACCAUCCUGCUGUUCUCGAUUCACGACAAUUCGUUAAAGAGCCAGAAACCACAGUGGAUUUACUCAACAGGCUCGCGCAGGGAUCACUUUAUGGAUACAAUCAAGCAAAUGAGACAGAAUUUGAGUUUGUCAAGGUUGUUCGAGCCAAUUACCACUUUGCUUGUGCGAUAAUGUUUCUCAUAACAUUUCAAGUUAAGGAUCCUUGCGAUGAUCAGAUCAAACACUUCCAAGCAAGAGUACGCCACGCGAGAGGAACCGUGCUUGAGUAUGUCUUCUGCAGGCCGGAACCCAAUCAAGGAGUGGAAUGUGUUGGGACUGUCAAGACUGAUGUUGAGAAAGAUGUCAAGACUGAUGCUGAGAAAGAUGUCAAGAAACAAAGAUUGGAGUAG